AUGCGAGCGCAGAUUGUUUUCAACGAAACAAAUGACUCCUCCCCCGGCCUCGAAUACACAUUCUUCCGCAUCCCCAAAGAUGAUACCCUGAAGGCCUCCGCCCAGAAAUACAAACAGCUCCGCCUGCGCGCCCUGUCCGUCGCCCCGGCCUCGUUCUCCUCGACCCACGAGAUCGAAGCUGCCAUCCCGGAAGACGGGUGGGUGAGCCGCCUCGCUUUGGACGGAAAGGAGACGUUCAUCUGUGCGGCGACCCCUAUCGCUGGAGAUUGGGAUCCAGCAAGUACACAAGAAGGGGGAGACCGAAGUAUCUGGGUGGGUCAAUUGACCUUACGCGCCCUGAGUCCCGAGGAAUUCAUCCUGCCUGACGAGUCGGGGCAGAAGAGACCUACCCUUCUCACUGCAGAGCCAGAGCAGGAGGGGGAGGAACUCUGGCAGAUGCUCAGCCUAUUCACCCUCCCGGAUUAUCGCGGGUGUGGACUCGGGAAAAGACUGUGUCAGGAGGCGUUGAGGUACUUGGCUUCUUAUCGGUCGUCCCCGUCGAAGGUGUGGGUGCGGUUGAUGGUCAAACCGGAGAAUCAUGCGACUGUGGGCUUGUAUCGGAGUUUGGGGUUUGGGGAGUCGGGGAAGUGUACGCUGGCGGAGGCUUUGGUGGCCAACGGGGAUGCGGAGCUGCUGCCGGCGGAUGUGAGUGGGGAGAAGUAUAGUUCGCGGAGCGGGUUGAUAAUGAUGUUGGAGUUUAGUCGGUAG